AUGAAUUCUUGGCUACGCAAUAUUCAAGGACAUUUGUCAGAAUUUGCUUCGGAAGUACUGAGCGAAGCUAUAGAAGAGGUUAAUGACCCGGAAAGUGAACUACAGGUUGCUAAAAAAAAGAUAUCGGAAAUGGAAAAAGAGCUCACUGCGCAACAAGGAAUUGUUCAACAAUUAGAAAAGAAAAUUAAUAAUUUUGAAGAUGAUCUGUAUGCCAAAAAUUUGGAAGUGGAUACACUAAAUGCAAGAUAUAGUAGCGCAAUUGAGAGUCGUGAUAGUCAAAUUCGUUCCCUCCAAGCAGAAUUAGAACAGAUGCAUCAUGCGAGCCCGGAAGCUUACAGUGACGCAGACGAUGAUGGAUUAUUUUUGGCAAGUGGUGCUCGUUUAGCUCGAAUGAAAGAUGAAAUCGAGCAACUUCGGAAGGAAGUUGCUCACUGGAAGCGUUUCGUCAAUGAACAGCCGAAAGAAAGUGAUGCUAAAAAGAUAUCAGAACUUGAACGUAUUUUGGUUGAACAGAAAACAAAAUAUGAGGAUGAAGUUGCGGCUUUGGUAGCUGCGCAUAAAGCGACAGUCGAUGAACUAAAAUUUAAUCAAGAAGAAUGCCAGGUUAAUGGGUUAACUGAAGAAUAUGAUUCAGAAAUAGCUGCCCUUAAAGAAGAAAUACGUUCACUGUCGGAAGAACGAAAUUUGUUGUUAACGAAGAUCAAGCUUGAACAGGAAGAAAAUGCAGUGCAAGAAGAUCAAGUUGACAUUUUGACAUUUCAAGCUCUUGAUAAAGUGCUAAGUGAACGUUAUGGUAGAAUCGAAAAUGAAUAUGCAAUGUUGAAAGAAAAACUGGAUAAUGCACAAAAAGAAGUUGCUGAUAAAGGGUUAGCAUUUAAUCAUAGUAUUAGUGGGGUGCAGCUGAGACAUGUAGUCCUCGAAAUUAUUAGUAAUCUUGGUUCCAUUGCGGUAAUAGUAGAGAUUGAAAAUCUGCAACAAACAAUCAACGAAAUGCGAAUUUCGGAAAUUUCGUUAAAAGAUGAGAAGCGCAAUCAGGAACUGAUGAUGGCAGAAACUAUUAGGCAGCUCAAAAUGGAAAUUAAGAAUUGGGAACAAAAAUUUGAAAUCUCAGAAAAGAAAUCCAAUGAGCAGUUGUCUCAGGCGAAUCAAAAAUUAUUUACUCUUGAGACCCGGAAUAACGAAUUUGCAACAGCCUUUGGUGAAUUGAAUGCUGAAUUUCAAAAUUACAAGGCAGAUCACGAUUCCCUUGCCACAUCGAAUCAUCUUUUACUUACUCGCAUUGACACAUUGGAAGCAGUUCUUACUCUAUAUGAGAAGCAAUACAAAAUGUGCAAAGCUGAAAAUGCAUCAACUGUUGAUAGACCUGUAAAACUUUCGGAUGAAUUUGAAAAAUUACGCAUGUCGUUCGACAUUUCAAAGUCCAAUAAUGAAUUGGAUGUUAUAGAUGAAGUUGAUAUGCUGCGUACAGAAUUAGAGGCUUCAAAACGUGAUCGAGAAAGACUUCGGGAUGGCGUUGAGCACUUUAGGCUGGCUGUUGUUUCUGUAGAAGAUGAGCUAAAUGGAUUAAGAGAAUCGAAUAAUAAAUUGACGAAAGAGAACAAAGCAAUGAGUGUUAGUUUAGAUGAGUUUAAAGGAAUUCGAAACAUGUUAGAAACGAGUGGCAGUGAGCUGAAAAUUCUCCGAGAAAAGUUUUCACAACUUCAAGAUGAACAUAAGUUAAAGGAAAAACAGUGGCGUGAACAGCUGCUAGAAUUAAGUGAGAUACGUGACGAUGCAAAACGUCAGUUAGAAGAACGACAGCGAGAGACAUCGUUACGACAGAUUCGUUCAGCUGAUGCAACAUUGCCUGCAGAAAUGGUUGAAUCAAAAAGUGAUGAGGGCAAAACAGCUAGCAGCGAAGGCACUGCCGACUCCAAUAAUGGAUGGGAAAAGGUAUUUCUAAUGGAUUGGGAUGUGACAACAGUUGGAUUAUCAUCAUCAAGUUUUAUGAAUAAUUCAACUAUUGCGAAUCAGUUGCGAGAAGCUCUGGCUGCUGGAGCCGAAAAAUCUGAAGAGUGUGAGGAACUAAGAAGACAAAACUGCGAGAUGAAUAAAAAAGCAAAAGAAUUAAAACAUCAAAAUCUACAACUGGAACAGAUUAUUUCUGCUACCGAGCAGAAACUAGCUGAACUACAGGGACAGUUGGAAAUCAGUGAAAGUAAUCGAAAAAAGGACGAAUUAAAAAACAUGGAGGAAAUCAAUUCGCUGCAACAUGCGGUAGGAAAUUAUGAACAAAAAAUAAAGCAGCAAAAGGAAGCUCAUGAGGAAGCGCUGCAUAGAACUCAGUCACAACACAAAUAUGAAAUCCAAGACCUUGAAAUGAAAGAAACCAAAAAAAGUAUCGAAAUGGUAUAUAAAAAAGAUGUAGAGAGGGCAACGAUAAGACAGAAUGAACUGGAGAGAAAAAAUCGUGAGCUGCAGCAAAAGCUUGAUGAGACAGCGACACAGUUAGAAGAACUUGAGCGAGUUGGAGCUGAACAUAUUUCAAAGCUUCAGAAAUUGGAAUUACAGUGUAGCGAUUACAAAAUGCAGUUGCAAAAUGUUUCCUGUGAACUUGAACAACUAAGUCUCACGGCUGCAGCAGCUACGGAGAGAGCAUUAUGUUUGGAUCGCGACCUUAAAAAUUCCACUAAAUCUCGGGAAAAAGUGAUGAGAGAUUGCGAACGUUUACGCAGUCAUUUGAUGAAUGUUGAAGAGACUUCAGUUAAGGAAGCAAAGAGUGCGGAAGAACGCGAAAUGGAAUUAAGAAAAAGAAUCAGAACACUUGAACAAAAAGCUGAGGAAUCAGUAGAUAAUAUCAUUGAAUCUACUAGUGCAUACAAGCGACAAAUCAGCGAGUUGACCGAAGAAUUGAAUUUGAUAAGGAAUGAAAAACAAACCAUCACUGAAAGAUUACGGGAGCGAGAAAAUGCACUGGCUGAUACCAAAAUGGCACUUUCAAAUUUACAAAAUGUUUUGCGUGAUAUUGCAAUAGAUCAUGAAGGACAGAUGGCACAGCAUCAAAAUACUACUACUGAGCUGAAGAAAAAUAUCGAUGAUUUAAAAAGGGAAAUGUAUGAACUUAGGCAAACACAAGUUACUAUGGAACAAGAGAAACAACUUUUGGAGAAUAGAACUGAACAACUUAAAGAAGAAGUUUGCAAAAAGGAUAUGUUGAUUGAAGAACUAGAAACAAGUCUUGAUGAGCGUGCGCAAGCAGUAAAGCCAUCAACUUCGUCGCAUAUCGUUGACGAUCAAGUGCUUCGUCAGCUUUUUUUAUCGUAUUUUACUGCAGACAAAGAUAAACAACCAGAAAUCGCCGUUUUAUUAGCCUCUGUACUAGGUUAUUCACAAGAGGAUGUAGCUAAAAUUAAUUCUGCGGUAAAUUCAUCAUCAAGAGGAUGGUUUAGUUUUGGAAGUUCAUCAAAACCUCAGCCCAGUAUUUCUCUAGCCGAACAGUUUGUUCGAUUUUUAGAAAAAGAAUCUGCUGUAACCCCACACUCUCUUCCUGUCCAGGUUGGUUCUCUGACUUUCACUUGUUUAAUCUCAGCUCACUUUUGUACAGCUUUAACCAAGUUUUGA